AGAGGGUUCUUUAGAUUUUUAGAGAGAGAGAUAUAUAGAGAGAGAGAGAGACAGGGCGUGGGGGAAGAGAGGGUUCUUUAGUUUCUUGCGCUUGUCGUGUGACCUUGUCAGGACUCAAAAUACCCAUAUAAGAGGGUAGGCCUCUCAGAAUCAAAUUCAUUUUAUCUGCAGUGACUUUUCCCUUCUUAUAGACCGAUCAGAUAACAUCGUGGAGGCUGUGGAUGGAAGAGUUGUGAGGCUGGUUUUAUUUUGAAUUCAAGGAUGUCUGAAAUGUUUUAGCGGCCUUAUUUAGCAUAUGAAAGCAGCAUACUCUAGAUAUUAGUAAAACCAUUCAGGUGACUAUGUUAAUACAGAGUUCACUUCCUAUUGAAGCUGCAAUUUCUUUUGUAUUUGACCAUGGGAAACAAGAAUUUUUAUGUAAUUGGAUGCCUGGUGAUGAAACAUGGCAGAAAUGUUCAAAAUGUGAUAAACGUCCACAGGAUGUCAGCGGAGAAGCCGUUCCAGUUACGGAAGGAAAAUGGAAUAAUGAUGAUUUGUGCUCCUUAAAUUUUCCAAGAAGUUGUUCCCAGCUAUCAACUAUCAGUACCAUGUCUAAAAAUUCUACACCUACUUUUGUGUACCAGCGGAGGAAGCACCCAAGGAACUCUAUUGCUGUUUUGGAUGUCCAGUCAGCAAACACAAAGAGGAGUGAUGCUUGCGUUUCUGCCAUAAGUUCUGAAGCCCCCUCAGUUGCAGCCGAGAAGAAAAAUGUACUUUCUCCAGUUGAACAAGAAAAUGACGCUGUUAGAGCUCCUUUUAUUCUUCCUGUCGAAUGCAAUAGAGGGGCCCUUGUUUCAAAUUCCGAAUCUAUUAGUAGAUGUUCAUUUGCUGAAGAGCCCGGUCCUGAAGAAGCCCAGGAAAGUGACAUGCAAAAAAUAAUAGAUGUUUGCUGUGUAAAGGAUAGUUGUUCAUCAUCGAAGUCAGAACUUGGUUCAGCUUCCUUGAAAACAGAUGGGGAUGACACUGGUGAAUGCUCCUCUUCUGAUGCAUUGAUUAUGGAGGAAUUACGGAAUGAUCUUUCGGAAAAGGAUAUAUGCAUCUCUAUUCUUAGAAGUGAGGGGCUGCUUGAAGGAGUUUGCCCUAUCGGCCGCACUUCUGCUGAAAGUAUGACUACUAGUAGUUAUAGUAGUUGUUUGCGUUCGUGCAAAGUUUGUGGUCAAUCAGAAACUACUUUGAAGAUGCUAAUUUGUGACCACUGUGAAGAGGCAUUUCAUAUGUCUUGCUGCAUCCCCCGUAUAAGGAAGACACCAUCUGAUGACUGGUUUUGCCACUCUUGUCUAAAAAAGAAGCACAAAAUAUUGAAGGAGACCAGUAAAUCAACGGAUAUCAGCAGUGAAGCAGGCAGAUGUAGAAUCGCAACAUUAAAAGGUGAACUUGGCCCUAUAGCAUCGAUGUUGAAAGACUCUGAGCCGUAUGCAACCAGUGUUAGAAUUGGUAAAGAUUUUCAAGCAGAGGUUCCUGAUUGGUCGGGUCCAAUUACCAAUGAUGUUGAUACUAUUAGUGAGCCAAUGGAAAUGGAUCCUUCGGAUUGUAUUAGUUUGCAGAAAUUAAAUUCCCACAAGCCUUCUAGACUCAGCUCUAUUGGUAAUUGGCUUCAAUGUCGAGAGGUUAUAGAAGGUUUGGGAGAAGGUGUUGAUGGAACUAUAUGCGGAAAAUGGCGCAGGGCUCCUCUUUUUGAAGUGCAAUCUGAUAAUUGGGAGUGUUUCCGCUCUGUCCUUUGGGAUCCUGCCCAUGCUGAUUGUGCUGUACCCCAGGAGCUGGAUACAGAUCAAGUUCUAAAGCAUUUGAAGUACAUAGAGAUGUUGAGGCCUCGGCUGAAUGUUAAAAGGCGCAAAUUGAGUUGCAGCAACAGUGUCGGUUCCCAAGACCUUACAGAGAACGUGAAAAAUGUACGAACUCAAUAGUGUCCUUGUCAUGUUUCUUGUACAUGCAUACAAGUUUUGAAGGUUUAAAUUUACUGAGCUAUAUCUUCACCAUAUACCGUUGCCUGGUUUUACAACUGUUGGGAAAGUUUUUGAGGUACAAUAUAUUUGUGGAAAUGGUAGAGGUGGGCCUCUGCCUCUUGAGCAUGUGUCAUCCAAUUUUCACAUUUACUGAAUUGUGUUUUUUCUUAAAUUUUUUCUUAUUCUUUCC